ACUUUGAGGAGCAAAGAAGGGAAGCUGGACAGGACCAGGCUAGAAAAAUCACCUGGGACCAACUUGACACAGGAAAAACAGCAACAUAACACAGCUAUCAUCACCUUCUUGAGUUGUUUAGGAUUAACUGGGAAGAAUAGGACACUGGAGGGUCAGGGAAAGGCUACAGACAGACAGGAGUAGUGGCGUAAUUCAGGGGAAAUUCCAAAGGUGAAGGACACGCUCACAUUUUGCUCAUCAUGGCAGAAGAUGUAAGGAAAUUCACACGUAUGCUACUGGAAUGCAGCAGCAAUGACCAACUAUGUGUUGUGCGUGAAUACCAGACUGAAGUGAUCAUCAUUCCAGUUUUCUUGGUGGGCAUCUUUGUUAUUGUGUUAAGUGUGAUCCUUUGGCUCCGUUACCAAAGCUGGAAGACCAAUCAGCAGCAGCAGCAGCAGCAACUGGUACUGCCUGGACAUGAAGUCAAGAGAGAGAGUCAGCAGGAGCCAAAUGCCUCAGGGAAAUCUUACAUUCAGCUGAGUGAGACAACGGUGGAGAGCCUGCUAAAAACUGCUGCCAUGACACUGAAGGAGCUGCAGAUACCCCGAGAAAGACUCUCACCGGGCUCCUUGAUGCUGAUAAACACUGGCAGCUAUGGGGACAUCUACAGAGCAGAACUGCAGACUGAGAACCCUGGGAAGACUAAGGCAGUCAUCCUGAAAACCUUGCAGGGUAAUAGAGACACAGCUGGACCCCGUGAUGUGAAGGAUUUCCUGGGGAGGAUUAAGUUCCAUCAGUCACUAGGCCAGCAUGAGAACCUGGUGGAACUGGUGGGGUGUUGUAUAGACCAGCUGCCGCUUUACAUGGUCCUGAAGGAGUCAUCUCUUGGGGACCUCUUGAACUUCCUGUGGAUCUGUCGCAAGGAUGUAAUGACAAUGGAUGGUAUCCCAUAUGACCUCACUGAGAAACAGGUCUAUCAAGUUGGGCAGCAAGUUGCAGCAGCUUUGGAUUUUCUCCAGCAGAAGCAACUUGUCCAUGGUGACAUCGCUGCCAGGAACGUCUUGCUCCAACAUGACUUCACUGCCAAACUCUGUGGGCUAGGCCUGGCCUAUGAAACCCACACCUAUGGGGCCAGGUCCAUCACACAGGUUGUGCCACUCAAGUGGCAGGCACCGGAGCGGCUCCUGAAGAGACCUCCCAGCAUCAAGGCAGAUAUAUGGUCUUUUGGAAUCUUACUGUAUGAGAUGAUUACAUUGGGGGCUCCCCCAUACCCUGAGGUGCCACCUCCUGACAUCUUGCAGCAUCUGCAGAGACGGAACAUCAUGAAGCAGCCCUCCAGCUGCCAGCCAGUCAUGUAUGGCAUUAUGCAAACCUGCUGGCAGUGGAAUGCGACUGACCGGCCCUCCCCUGCAGAGCUGCUCCAGUACCUGCAGAAAGCAACCAAGACCAGCAAUGACCAUGCUGUGCUGCAGGUGCCUGAACUGGUGGUGCCUGAACUAUAUGCCAAUGUGGCUGGCAUUGACGUGGACAGUCUUACCACUGACUACACUGUUCUGUGAGAGAGAGGUCUGUGCAUAUAGGAAGGACUGGAUCUCUGAUUGCCUCUUUCUGGGAGUGUAUGAGACCACUCUUGCUGAAACUCAGGGUGCUGGUUGGGAAACAUUCCCCCCUUUUUAAAAUGCAGAACAUAUUUUGGGUUCUUUCUACUUGAAGCUACCUAGUAAGAACCAGGAGGGGCUCAUGGUUCACCACCUUGGACUUCAAAAACACAUCCUGUGGCACUCAAACUCUUCUGUAUAUUGUGAUCAGCUACCCUGAAGGACACAUGAGCCUGAAACAGUUGUUUUCGUGGUCUCAUGGUGGUGUUCAAUUAGGAAGCUGAACAAAAUGCUGCUGGAUAUUUGAGUGGAAGACUCUUGCAACCCAGAAGCAUUCCCACAGCAUGAAGAGCAUUUAGAUGGUAGAACAAUUUCUGUCAACCUUGACCUUUUUCCAUUUGUGCAGGUGAGGAAGAAGAAGCAGCUACCUGCAACUCUGGCAGCUAUGCAGCGAGCACAUGAAGGCUGCCUACAUGUAUUUGCAGAGUACAGAUACCAAGGAUGGAAAGGAAUUGUUCUUGUUCCAAGGAAUGCAAUUGGAAAGAAACUGAAUGAAAGGGAAUGAAAGGAAAACUGAUGCUGACAAUCAUGAAACAUUUCCAAAAUGGAAGGGUUUUAGGACAUCUUGCCAAAGGAGUGUUGGAAGCUCCAUUGCUUGGAUAUUUAAAAGAUACCCUGGAGAAUAAAAUUCAGCAUCCAGCACUGCAGAGACCCAAGAGAUAAAAAAGUGGAUGGAUGAGAUGAUAACCAAAUAAGUAUCUUUUAUCUAUGCCUCAUUUAUUGAUUGAAGGACCAUCCCAUUCAGACCACUUGCGACACUGCUUGUUAAUUGUUCCUCAGGUGCUGUAAGCCAUAGCCAAGUAAAGGAAAAUGUGCACUUUUAUUGUGAUAAGACAAAAUAGCCAUAUGUUACGGUUUGGAAUAGAAAUUGCUGUAUUCAUUUACUACGUUUUUUCAUGCAGGCCUAUUUCUUGUUUGUGGGGUUUUGGAUUCAAAGGCCCACUCCAAGGUAAAAAAAACUACAAAAAACCUCUACCCUGCCUCAAAAUCUCAGGGAAAAUUUUGACUGAGAGCUAAUUCUGCGUGUUUGUAUGUUUCUCCUUCCACACCCUUUUCCCCAGGAGUACUUCCAAUUUCAGUCAUGACACAACUACUGUGAAAAGGGCAUGGGGAUGAUGUAGGUACAAUGGAAGAUUGGGCUACUGUGAAAAUCACUGUGAUGGAGAAUAACUUGGUGAUGACAUCACUGUACAGAUAGAGUGGUAACAGGCCAUAGUUUGCAAACAUCACAUUGUGAAUAGUGUGGUGAGGAUAUGCCUUCUGUGUGAGUAAUACAAUUCUGUGAUUAUAUAUAUAUAUAUAUAAAGUGUAAUUACCAUGGCAAUGAGAUAUUACCUGUUAGAACAGCACGCAACAUGUCUAAGCUCUGAGCAGAGUGCCAAUACCUAGAUACGGUAGAUCCAGAGGGAGUGCAGUGGUGGGAUUGUACCCUGCUUUCUGAACCAUACUGUAGGAACCACAGUCUGCAAAUCAGGAAAGAACCCAUCUCCUGCCCACUCUUGGCACGCCCUUUCUUCCCUUCCAUGUUCAAUGGCACCCUCUUCCUUCCUCCCGUUUCCUGGUCCCUCUCUCUACUUAUGCAUAUGGUGCAGGAAGGGGUCAGGGAGACCCUGCCCACCACCACUGUCCUGGCCACCCCUGCCUUGCUACAACUGGGCUGCGUGGGAAGUGGCUGGGUGGGGAGCUGGGUUUGGCUAGAGACAGUAGCAGCAGGAAGUAAUUUCCCCUUCUGGAUCCACCUACGCAUCUAGGUGUUCUGUGACAACACAAAUGCUUUGGAAAUAACUGAGAUGAUGAGGUUAUGUCCAACUACCAUGUUUGAUGUCAUGAUUCAGUAUAAGAUAAGUGUGACAGAAGGCUUUGACCAGAACACUUUUAACUUAUAUGAUAUCUGUUGUGCAAAUGGACACUUAUUGUAUAUUUCAAGCCUUGCCUACACUAUAGAUUCUAGUUACUGUAGCUAAACCACUGAUUUACAUUUAUGCACUGGUAAUUUAGUCAAGAUAAGGGUUAAAUGCUCCUGUUCAACCCUCACUGCCCUAGUGUCAUUUGUGUCCACACAAGGGGUUUGUCCCAGCACAGCUAUGUUAAUGGUUGAAAUCUUAAUAUAUGCCUAGUUUUCUUCAUGCCAACUGCACCUCCCAGGUGCCUGCGUAGAACAGGGUUAAAUCUUUUCAAAUAAAUAUAUUAUGGAUUUGUACCUGCUUUAUAUAUUUUAUAAAUAUUGACACACAAAUUUAAUCAGGAACUGUUUGGGUGUUUGAUUCUGUUAAACAUUUAAAUUCCUACAAAGCUUGAAAGCUGCUCCUUUUCAAGUUAGCAGCAUUUUGAGGAUGCCAAAAGGGAGUGUUAACUGGGUUUGACCAGGGUUUUUUCCACUGUUUCUCUCUUGCUUGCAGCCUCCAGCAAUAA